UCAAUACACAGUCUCACAAGGCUACAAGGAACAAGGCAUCCCCCAGCAGCUGUAACCAUACAACAUACACAGAAACUCAGACACUUUCCUCCUCAGGUCCUCUCUUCGUACAACCUUUUUAGCAAAGAGAAGAUGAGCCGAUGGACCCUGAACUACCACGGAGACUGCGGCUGAAGAGAAGGGGAUGGGGCCACCAAUGGGCACAGGAAUAUCCGUGGAAGCGACACGUGUUCCUACAAUAACACUGGGACUUUGACCAUUCUGCCACAUGCGUUCAGUUUCGUUUCUGUUUUGUCCGUUCCAUCUGGAUUCCAGCUUCUUCAGUUUUCAGGAUUCAAAGAACAUCGCUCUCCAGCCCUCUGCACUUUUACCAGCCCAAAACCCUUUCACGGUCCACCCUGCCCCGUCACCGCUGCCUGGCGUAAAGGAAGAAGAGGAGCAGUCAUGUCACGGAAGAGCCAGUCGCGCUGCUUACUGCCCGCAUACAGGCCACUUGCUUUAUGUAAAGGAAACUCUUCCAAAUAAGCGGUCACGUCCUUAUCGCUUCAGGCCUGCAGAAAGGAAAAUAAAGACGCAUUUCCUUUUUCACUAGUAAUUACCUUCGCUUGACUUCGCCUCAAAGCAAUUAUCGACCAACAUUCCUGAAUGAACGUUUCCGAGCGUACGGGAUAAGGAGCCGCUGUAUAUUUGCAUCAGUGUUCUUUUCUUUUCCUCUGUUAAACUGAAGCUCAGUAUUUGUACUUUCUAUAAUUUGUGCUUGAUUUAGGAGCUGAGCUUACGGGGCUGAGCUCGCGUCAUGGGGUCAGUCUAGCAAAGGUGGGGGUAAAAUUUAGGGGUCUAUUCAUGAAGCAGUGAAAAGAGUGGAGAAACAGAGCAGUAAAGAAGUAAGUUGCCCAUGGCAACCAAUCAGCAUCUCUCUUACAUUUUAUAGAAUGUACUUGAUAAAGGAUUCCUUCAAAACUGAUUGGUUGCUAUGGGCAACUUCUGUUCUCCACUCUUUUCACCGCUUCAUGAAUAAACCCCUUUAUGAAACAUAUGUUUUGUCAAACAAUGUGAAAUAUUUCUGGGGCAGGAUGGGUCAUUUUCUUACAGAAUGCAAAAAUGUCUGUGGCGCCAGGCACGGUCCAAAAGAACUCUGUAAUAUUUGUCUAUUCCAGCACAGUUACUAUUGCAAUGUCUUCUGAUCAAGGGCAGACAGUGAUCCAGGAUAAAUCAGGAGCAAUGACCAGCACAACAUCUCCUUCCUGCAUCCUUAUACAGAAACCAUGUUGUGUUCCAGGCUGGACCAUCCAACCAGUCAGUUCCUGUUGUGUUUGCCGUAUUGGGGGUUGUGGCGCUGAUUUGGCGUCUGUCUGUGCUGGGCCUUACUCUGGAUCAACAAUAUCAUGUAAGGUUGCUCAUUGAACCCGUGUCUUUUUUCAACAUUACUAGUUGUGUCACUGUGUAGAUUUCAAGUUGUGUGCGUUUUUUUAUUCAUGUAUUGUAUUUGUCUUGGACACGGAUUUGGGUACACGCAGCCACUGUUGCAUUUGCUAGAUCCCGCAGUGGACGGCCUUGGAGCUUUGACGCAUCCUCUGCCGUCUUCGCUGUAGUCCCUACCAAUGCGCUUGUAAUAUAUAUAAAGUGUUGUCAGCCUUCAGAUGACUUUAAUUUGAUGCACUCCUGCGACCUUUGCUACGUACUGCUGCUUUAUCUUUCCAGAGCUUUUCAGUCAUAUCUUGAAACAGAUUUAUGUAUUUUCAUGGUUGAGGAAUACAAAACAAAACUCACCUGGAUAUUAUUAUAUAAUAAGUUAUUUAUAUAGCGCCCCCAUAUUCAGCAGCGCUUUACAGAGCGCUGCAGAAUAUGAGGGAAUAUUCUGUUCCUGCCGCAAUGGAGCUUACAAUCUAUAUUCCCGAUCACAUGUGCCCACUAGGGUUCAUUUUUGGCACUAGCCAAUUUGCCAGAAGUGCCAGAUGGGCAGUGCGGCUCUGCCUACCUGUAUGUUUUUGGAGUGUGGGAGGAAACGCAGAGUGACCACGGAUAGGGCCUUGGUGGGGAUAGUACCCAUGACCUCAGUGCUGUGUGGCAGUAAUGCUAGCCGCUACCCCAACUGUGCUUCCAUGUAUAGGUUUAUCUGGGUUGGUAUCGAUAUCCUGGAGCACAAGAUCCCGACGGUCAGAAUGUCGACAGCGGCAUUCCGACAUUCAGAGUCCCAAUGGAUUUUCGUAAGUAUUUUAACCCUAACCCACCCCUCAUGCAGCCUAACUCUAUCCCACCCCUCCCGCAGCCUAACUCUAACCCACCCCUCCUGCAGCCUAACCCUAUCCCACCCCUCCUGCAGCCUAACCCUAUCCUACCCCUCCUGCAGCCUAACUCUAUCCCACCCUUCCUGCAGCCUAACCCUAACUCUCCCAUCCUGCAGCCUAACCCUAACCCACCCCUCCUGCAGCCUAAUCCUAACCCACCCCUCCUGCAGCCUAACUCUAUCCCACCCUUCCUGCAGCCUAACCCUAACUCUCCCCUCCUGCAGCCUAACCCUAUCCCACCCCUCCUGCAGCCUAACCCUAACCCACCCCUCCUGCAGCCUAACUCUAUCCCACCCUUCCUGCAGCCUAACCCUAACUCUCCCCUCCUGCAGCCUAACCCUAACCCACCCCUCCUGCAGCCUAAUUCUAACCCUCCCCUCCGGCAGCCUAACUCUAUCCCACCCCUUCUGCAGCCUAAUACUAACCCUCCCCUCCUGCAGCCUAACCCACCCCUCCUGCAGCCUAACCCUAACCCACCCCUCCUGCAGCCUAACUCUAUCCCACCCUUCCUGCAGCCUAACCCUAACUCUCCCCUCCUGCAGCCUAACCCUAACCCACUCCUCCUGCAGCCUAACCAUAACCCACCCCUUCUGCAGCCUAAUCCUAACCCUCCCCUCCUGCAGCCUAACCCACCCCUCCUGCAGCCUAACCCUAACCCUCCCCUCCUGCAGCCUGACCCUAAUCCUCCCCUCCUGCAGCCUAACCCUCCCCUCCUGCAGCCUAACUCUAACCCACCCCUCCCGUAGCCUAACCAUAACCCUGACCUCCUGUAGCCUAACCCCAGCCCUCCCCUUCCUGCAGCCUAACCCUAAUCCACCCCUCCCGCAGCCUAACCCUUCCCUCCCGCAGCCUAACCCUUCCCUCCUAAAGCCUAACCUUAACCCACCCCUACUGCAGCCUAACCCUAACCCACCCCUCCUGCAGCCUAACCCUAACCCUCCCCUCCUGCAGCCUAACCCUAACUCUCCCCUCCUGCAGCCUAACCCUAACCUCCCCUCCUGCAGCCUAACCCUAACUCACCCCUCCUGCAGCCUAACCCUAACUCUCCCCUCCUGCAGCCUAACCCUAACCAUUCCCUCCUGCAGCCUAACCCUAACCAUCCCCUCCUGCAGCCUAACCCUCCCCUCCUGCAGCCUAACCAUAACCAUCCCCUCCUGCAGCCUAACCCUAACUCUCCCCUCCUGCAGCCUAACCCUAACCCACCCCUCCUGCAGCCUAAACCUAACUCACCCCUCCUGCAGCCUAACCCUAACCAUCCCCUCCUGCAGCCUAACCCUAACCCACCGCUCCUGCAGCCUAAGCCUAACCCUCCCCUCCUGCAGCCUAACCCUAACUCUCCCCUCCUGCAGCCUAACCCUAUCCCACCCCUCCUGCAGCCUAACCCUAACCCACCCCUCCUGCAGCCUAACCCUAACUCACCCCUCCUGCAGCCUAACCCUAACUCACCCCUCCUGCAGCCUAACCCUAACCAUCCCCUCCUGCAGCCUAACCCUAACCCACCCCUCUUGCAGCCUAACCCUAACUCUCCUCUCCUGCAGACUAACCCUAACCCACCCCUCCUGCUGCCUAACCCUAACUCACCCCUCCUGCAGCCUAACCCUAACUCUCCCCUCCUGCAGCCUAACCCUAACUCUCCCCUCCUGCAGCCUAACCCUAUCCCUCCCCUCCUGCAGCCUAACCCUAACUCACCCCUCCUGCAGCCUAACCCUAUCCCUCCCCUCCUGCAGCCUAACCCUAGCCCUAACCCUUGGCAAUACACAAUGUGUACUUGUAUUGGAAAGAGAGAGAUUGGUUAUUAUAGUUGUUGAAGUGAGACUCUUGGUGUUUUGUAUAUAAGAUUCCUGUACUCGCUGUAUAAUAGCUUCAUGUAUUAACAAGGUACUUUUUACACUGCUGUUUAUUUUUGCAAAUUUUUUCUUGUUUACAUAUUUUGGUUUGUGUUUCUCAGAUUAAGGAGACUACUCCUAAAAUGUUAGAGCAGGCCUGGGGCUUGCCUGGUGUUGUGGGACUACAACUCCCAGCAUGCAGCUAAAACUGCCAUAAAGCCUUGCAAAUGAAGGAAUGCCUUCAAGUCCGAUACAGGCACGGCAGCUCAUUUUACACCAGGGAUGGGGUACUUUUUUCUACCAAGGGCCAUUUGGAUAUUUAUAAAAUCCUUGGGGGACCAUACAAAAAUUAUCAACUUAAAAAUGAGCCUGCCCCCCAGUAGUUAUGCCCCAAGUCCCUCGGUUAGGUGAGCCUGGCUGGGCCGGAUCAAGUGGCUCUGCGGGCCUCACACGGCCCUCGGGCCUGAGGUUCCCCACCCCUGCUUUACACUCACGGCAACUACUUCUACUUGCGUUUUGACACAGAAAUACGUCCCCGGGUAAGAGACUAGACCGUAUACUGUAGAAAAUCCCCAAUCCUCCCUCAUCCACUUAUUAUCUUCAUCAGAGGUGCGUGACACCAAGUGGGGUAUUAUUAUAUAUUUGGGGUCCCCAUAUAGGAAGCCAUACAAUACAUUGUAAGGUGGUCCCAGAGCUGAAGCUAACGCAGGCUGCCCGUAUGGGUCCGGAUUAAAAAAUAGGCCUGCCCUUAUUCCGCCCAUUCCCCACUCUGAUCCUCCAAAACGACCACUUUUGGGUAAAACUCCGCCCAUUUUUGCUAAAAUCGAAAUUUGGUAGCUAUGCUUAAACCAUGUGCAAACAGCUUCAAUAAAUGGAGCAGAUGUAUUAAGCCUGGAGAAGCGAUGAAGAAGUGAUAAAGCAGUGAUACGUGCAAGAUGAUAACGCACCAGCCAAUCAGCUCCUGUCUGUCAUUUUUCACAUCCAUAAUGAUUGGCUGGUGCGUUAUCAUCUUGCACUUAUCACUGGUUUAUCACUUCUUUAUCCCUUCUCCAGGUUAAUACAUCUGCCGCAUUGUUCGGUGCCCAGUAGUGUUUGCCGCCCUGUCUGUGAAGCAGAAAAAUUAUAUUACAGCAAAGUUUCUUACAUGAUAAAAUAAGAGUCUCAUUAAUCCUUGUCAGUGUGACCUACAGUAGGCUCUCCCGUCCUGGACACAGGCGCGGGAAUAGAGCCACAGGGAGACGCAUUCCAUCAGAGAAAGGGAAGGGGGUGCGGGCGUACAUUUUCCCAUGAUCCUUGCAUGAAGCAAAGUCCUAAUUUUACUGCCGUAAAUGUCAUACGUGGCUAAAAUUGGACCAUGAGUCAGUUUCAGCAGCGCAGUCACAAAGGUCUCGGUGGCAGUUGGAAGCAGCAGCACAUACUGUAUUGCGGGUAGAGCUACUGACAGGCCUGGGGACAGCUGACAUUAUUAUAUCUCCCGGGAGACUGAGAUGUCCCUGUGGCUGGUCCGGCAUCUCAGCUUCUGGGGAGCGUUAGAGAUAUAUAUAAAAAAAAUCAUUAAAGCCGUAUUUUAAUUACGAACGUCUUUCUGUAAUUUUCAGAAAUUGACAAUAUAAUUAGUUGCCGGGUUUCGUAACUGUCAUCGGACGCUUAUAUUGGGACGCUCUGCUGGCCUUACAAGGCCUGUCGUCGUUCGCUGAGGAAAAACUAAAACCACUAUGUUAAAUGAUUAUACAGUAUACCAAUAGAUGGGAGCUGCAUAAUAAACUUGUAGGGCCUAACGCAGGCGUAAGCAGUAAUCUAUAUUAUUUAAUGAUAUAAUAAUAAAAAAAACAAUAGCAGAUUUCACAUCAAUCGUUGAACGUUCUCUCUAAAACAGAAUUGCUAUCUAAGCACAGUGAAGGCGGCCAUGUUGUAGCUUGGACCAAUAUACACCAGAAACCACUGAAUUCUUAGUAACAUUGAUCCAGGCCACACAGUUUUUGCCCGCACUAAGGGGGUCAUUCCGAGUUGAUCGCUAGCUGCCGUUGUUCACUGCGCAGCGAUCAGGCUAAAAAUUGGCAUUUGUGCGCAUGCGUAGGCACCGCAAUGCACACGCGUGACGUACGGGUACAAAGGCUUUUGUGGUUUUGCACAGGUUCUAUCGACGUUUUCAUUCGCACUGGCAGCCGCAAGAAGAUUGACAGGAAAGCGGCGUUUGUGGGUGUCAACUGUCCAUUUUCAGGGAGUGCUUAGAAAAACGCAGGCGUGCCAGGGAAAACGCAGGCGUGGCUGGGCGAGCGCUGGCCGCGUGCGUGACGUCAAAAGCCAACCCUCCAACGUUAGAAUCAACGCACACGAAGACUAACUACAGGGCUGGUCUUGUUUUGCACAAAAUGUUUUUGCAGGCACUCUGCUGCACAAGCGUGUGUACUUCUGCAAAGCGAAAAUACACUCCCCGGUGGGUGGUGGCAAUGCGUUUGCACGGCUGCUAAAAACUGCUAGCGAGCGAUCAACUCGGAAUGACCCCCUAAGUGUAGGUCUUAAGACCAGGGCCAUAGAGAGCAAUGACGAGUCUGGGUGAUGGGAGAGGUGUGGCCAAAUCUUGGGGGCGUGGUUCCUCCCUACAUGAGUGAAAAUGACUAUGCCAGCUAGCCCAGGCACCUGCCGGGCCCCUUAAACCAGCCCGGGCCAGUUUAUUUAACCCAUUCACCCCCCUCCUUCCCUCCUGGUGCCCCUGCUUAAGAUCUGUGGUCAUGAGCCAAUUAAAUAUAGACAUUGUUUAUUGUGAAUAGAACUUGAGUGGACUUGAAGGCUGCGAUCUUGCCUCACCAGAUGCAUGGGUGCCGAGCAGGGAAUGGAAUGAAUACCUCAGUCCAGGUUUAUCUGAGGGGGCCUGCAGGGGCCCACGGCAGCCAUGGAUGAGGUGGAGUGCCCCCUUCUAGGUGCAAAGCAUAAUAUUUUAGGUCAAACUUUCAACAAGUGGGUGUGGCCACACCCCUAUGUUUGGCAUCGCCUACUCUAGCACCCGGGCCCGCCGUCCGUCUCAGCGGCCCUGAUCAGAUGCUUCUGGACAAAACCUACCAUUAAAUAACAAAACACUGAAUGACUACAGAAUUGUAGUUUGCUGUUUUCUUCAGGGAAGUUUAAUCCAGACCUUGCUGUUUAGUUUCCACUUUUCUGCAGUUCUGAACACUAAGUAUAGGUAUAUUCUCGUUUGGCUCCAACUUCAUAAUUUAAAGCAGCACCAAUUAGUGCCGCUUUAAAUGUUAAAGGUCAAGCGCACCAAAAAGGGUCGGCACUUUGUGAAGACGCCCCUGUGACUUUGUAUCUAAGCCGUCAGUUAACUGUAAAUAAUUUAUUGUAAAGUCGCUCACAAAGAUAAAAAGCAUGGGGUUGUGUGUUUUUUAACGUUUUAAACUGAACUAAAUUAUGAAUGUUUGAAUAUUUUUUUUUUCUAUUUAAUAAAAAGUUAAUGUGCCAUUUAA